CUGCUCCUUUCCCAAAGAUUUUCCGCUCUCGUUCUCCUUGGAUUUUCGUGCCCCCCUCUCUCUCUCUCUCCGUGUAUGUGUGUGUUUCAUGCACAGAUAUGAGAGCGAAAAAGUAGACAAGACACUCCAAACCUCGAGAUUCACUGAUCAGAAUAACGAUAAAAAUGUUGCACAAAUUUCUUUGCAAUUUUCUCUUUCCUCUCACCCAGUGAUUCUCUGUUAAGUAUCGAUUCCCGUUCUCCGUCAUCCGUGCACUGAUUCGCCGGAUUCUGAUGCUACUUCAGCAUUCAUAAGCGUAGGUUUCCAGUUUUGAUUAUACUAUAAUUUGAGUUUGACUGGUUGUUAAGCUUCUCAAUAGGAAUCACCACUGAUUCUUAUGUGCUUUGUUCGUUCGUCAUCAUCGUCGCACCUGCGUAUCUUAAACGCCGGUUUUCAGGUAGACAAAUUCUCAAAGUUUUGCUUGGGCUUGUGAAAAGGAAUCAUGAAGAGGAAGUAUGCUAAUUUACACCAAAACACACAUAAAUUUGAUCCACUACCUUUUGAAGCAUACUGGUGUGGUUCAUGGAAGCCUGUGGAGUGCUUAAGAAUCAGAAAUGGAGUUGUUAGCAUGUUAAUCAUAAACGAAGGAGAGACAACUGAAGAAACCCUUCCCAUGUCAGACCUUCGAAUAAGGUCAAGAAAAGCAAAUUUGGCUGAUUGCACUUGCUUUUUAAGACCUGGAAUAGAUGUUUGUGUGCUCUCUACUAUUCCAUCAACAGAGGAGGAGUCAAGCAAUGAGAAUCCAAAACCUGUCUGGAUUGAUGCUAGAGUAAGCUCAGUAGAAAGGAAGCCUCAUGAGGAUGAUAAAUGCGUCUGUGAAUUCCAUGUGAGCAUCUACAUGAAGCAAGGUCCUGUUGGCUUGAUCAAGAAAGCGGUUCAUAAAGAGACUAAAAUGCUACAUAUUGAUCAGAUGUCCAUUCUUCAAAAGCUUGAAGGGAAGCCUUGUGAAAGUAACCAUUAUCGUUGGCAUCUUUCUGAAGACUGCAAUUCACGCCGAAUAUUUAAACUAUUUACAGGAAAAUUCUCCUCAGAUAUCUCAUGGUUAAUUGUUGCAUCUGUCUUUAAGCAGCUUGUUUUUGAUGUGAGAUCAGUCGACAACCAGAUAGUGUAUCAAAUUUGGGAUGGUGAUAGUGAGAAAAGUUUCCCAAAUUCUGAAAAUCCUUCAACUGCUGUUAACUUCAAACUAGAAAAUGGAAAUUCCACUCCUUUCCUUGUCCCCUUUAUAAAACCCCAAGAGGAAAAGAAAGCUGUUUGUGGUGUGGGUGAAUUUGCUUCAUCAUCCUACUUUGACCUCAUGGGCUUACGCAGGUCAAAGCGUAGAAACAUCCAACCUGAUCGCUAUUUAGGUGAUGAUGAUGUGUCAGAAGCAGAAGUUGAUUUGUCUCGUGUUGGAUUAUACAGACCAAACAGUUCAAAAUACGAGCAAGUCCCAGUGGCAUUCUCCAUCCAAGAUGAUCAUUCGUUCACAGAUGAAAAUAAAUUGGAAUAUUUCAGGAAAGUAUAUAAACAAGAGGGUUAUCUUGGAAGGCAGAAUGAAACUAGCAAGUCAAAGGAGGUGAGAACAGAAGUUCCUUACAAACAAGAUCCAGGAGAACACAAACAAAACCACAAACACUCUAAUUCUAUGGCUUCUCAAUCUCAUUCAUCAAGGCCUUACAUAUAUGCUGAUUCUUAUAAGCCUGGAGCUUCUGAUGAUGAAGGAGGUGAUAUUAAUAUUAGUAACAUAUGGGCUAAAUACUUUAGCAUGCAAGGUUCUUCCAAAAUUCAUAGAAAGAAAUACAAAGCUCCCCAAAUGGACUAUGAUAGUUUAGGAGGUGGAUUGUGGAAGGGGAAUAUAGUAAAUAAGCGAGGUCGUAAAAAGCGAGGCUCUUCUGGAAAGGAGAGUAUCUAUGAUUCAAGGACUUCUUUUAGGAAAUCUGUUUGUGCAAGUGUUUAUAGAGAACUAAUGAGCAGAUGCAUGAGGAAUAUAGAUAAAUCCAUCAACAUAGAACAACCAGCUGUGAUUGACCAGUGGAAACAGUUUCAGAUGGGUAAGUCCUUGGAACUAAGGGAGAAUAAUCAAGUACCUUUGAAAGAAGAAGAAGAGGAAGAAGAAGAGAUGACAGAAGAAAAGGAACUUGAAAUCUUGUGGAAGGAGAUGGAAUUGGCACUUGCCACAACAUAUCUUAUGGAAGAGACAGAGGGUUUAAAUGAAAUGCAAAAAUCUAAGAACCAGGAACCUAAAUGUCGACAUGAUUACAGACUCAAUGAACAGUUUGGGAUUAUCUGUAGAUUAUGUGGUCAUGUGAGAUCUGAAAUAAAAGACAUCUCACCUUCCUUCUUACCAGGUGUAGUCUGGACGCCUAGCAAAGAAACCCGAACAGAAGAAGAUGACUCAGAGCAGAACACACAAGAUGCAGACACACGCCUUGCAAUUGCAUGUCGUCCUGCUUCAUCCAUCAUGUCUGUAUCAGACCAGAACGAAAACGUGUGGGCCCUCAUUCCAAACCUUAGAGACAAACUACGGUUUCACCAAAAAAGAGCUUUUGAGUUUCUGUGGAGAAAUCUAGCUGGCGAUAUCAUACCUUCAGAAAUGGAAGCAGCCAGCAAGAGAAGAGGCGGUUGUGUCAUCUCUCACACUCCAGGAGCCGGGAAGACAUUGCUUAUAAUAUCGUUUCUCGUUAGCUACUUGAAGCUGUUUCCGGGGUCCCGCCCGUUGGUUCUGGCUCCAAAAACAACUUUAUACACGUGGUACAAAGAAAUCAUUAAAUGGGAGAUUCCGAUUCCAGUUUACCAAAUCCACGGUGGUCAGACAUACAGAGAACAAGUUUUAAAAAACAAACUGAAACUAGCUCCCGGCCUUCCCCGAAACCAAGAUGUGAUGCAUGUGUUAGACUGUUUAGAGAAAAUACAAAAAUGGCUUACAACUCCAAGCGUCCUCUUAAUGGGUUACACUUCCUUUCUAACACUUACACGCGAAGAUUCCAACUAUGCUCAUCGCCAAUACAUGGCUAAAGUCCUUCGCCAAUGUCCUGGGAUUUUAAUUCUCGAUGAAGGUCAUAACCCAAGAAGCACAAAGUCAAGACUAAGGAAAGCCUUGAUGAAAGUCGACACCCCGUUACGUGUCCUUCUAUCCGGUACUCUUUUCCAGAACAACUUUGGUGAAUACUUCAACACUUUGACAUUAGCCAGACCGCGUUUCGUCAACGAGGUCUUGAAAAAACUAGAUCCUAAAUUCAAGAGUAGAAAGAAAGGCGUUCUUUCGAAAUUUUCACUCGAAAACAGAGCGAGAAAAUUGUUUGUUAUUAAAAUAGCAGAACAAAUCAACUCAAACGUUCAAAAGGACAGACAACAAGGGUUGAACAUUCUAAGAAGCUUAACUAGCAAGUUCAUCGACAAUUACGAAGGUGGAAGUGCUGAAAAUCUUCCAGGUCUGCAAUGUUACACUUUAAUGAUGAAGUCCACCACCAUUCAACAAGAAAUCUUGCAAAAGCUUCAAGACAGGAGACCAGUGUACAAGGGCUUCCCUUUAGAACUUGAACUUUUAAUCACACUUGGCUCCAUACAUCCGUGGCUAAUACAAACCACAGCAUGUGCAAGUCAGUAUUUUGAACCCGCAGAAUUAGAAGCCCUCAACGGACUCAAAUUCGACCUCAAACUUGGGUCCAAAGUCAGAUUUGUGAUGAAUUUAGUCCCUCGUUGUCUACUCAGAAAAGAAAAGGUCCUGAUAUUUUGCCACAACAUUGCUCCAAUGAAUCUGUUUAUAGAAACAUUCGAGCGGUUUUACGGCUGGAAACAAGGCGUAGAGGUUCUAGUCCUUAAAGGAGAGCUGGAGCUAUUUGAAAGAGGAAGAGUGAUGGAUAAAUUUGAAGAGCCAGGAGGUCCUUCAAAAGUCAUGUUGGCUUCCAUCAAUGCAUGUGCUGAAGGAAUUAGUCUAACAGCAGCUUCACGGGUGAUCUUAUUGGAUUCAGAAUGGAAUCCUUCUAAAAGCAAACAAGCCAUCGCUCGUGCUUUCCGCCCUGGUCAAGACAAAGUGGUUUAUGUCUACCAGUUGCUUGCAACAGGAACUCUAGAAGAAGAGAAGCACAGCAGGACCACAUGGAAAGAAUGGGUGUCAAGUAUGAUUUUCAGUGAAGAACUAGUGGAAGAUCCUUCUCAUUGGUCGGCACCCAAGAUUGAAGACGAGUUGCUUAGAGAAAUAGUCGAAGAAGAUCGAGCUUCACUGUUUCAUGCCAUUAUGAAGAACGAAAAAGCCUCAAAUAUGGUGGUUAGAGGUAGAGAAUAAUUACUAAUUUAAUAUCUCCUUUAUGUUUUCUAAAUAAACUGUGGUUUGGACUUUGGGACUUUGGCAUAUAUAUGUCUAUUUAAUA